UAAUGUGAUAUUACAUUCUGGUUGAGCGUUAGUUAUUAAUUCAUCUGUAAUCCUAUUCGUUAUAUUUUUUAAAUAUAACCAUCCCUUUUCACUACUGUAUAUGGCUGUGGAUGCUUUCUUACUCCGUACGUUUUUGAGUUCCCGUUAUCUCAUAUUCCAUCAUUUAUGUACAACGUUACAUCACACAUCCAACUCACUCUCCUGCUUCCCACCAUGUUCAAACCAGUAUGCCCAGUCCUCAUUCAUGACAGCAAUACCAAUACUGACUUACCAGAAAAAAAAUGCUAUCCUCGACACCUUUAACGCAUCAACUCCUGUUAGGCGCUCUCAUCUUUCCUAUUUACGAAAGGAAUCGGUAAUAUAUGGAAAUCAUACAUGCUAAAACCCAUUACAUUGCAUAAAUGAGUGUACAUAUCGUAGUUAUUUUUUUCCUGCUCGUAAAAUGCCUCCCAGUAGUGACAAGAUUCUCCCAAAAACGAAGCAUCCGCGACAGGCAGGCAGUCCGAGUGCGCGCGCAUUCCACUCGCCAACUCCACGUUCUCCGCUCAUCUCUGCGCGCCAGAUUCCCGAAAUUGCCUACGUGAUUACGUGCGCGCUCUCGAAUUCAGUAGUCACGGAAUAUUGUUCGCAAUCUUAGAUAUUAUUCCUUCUUUUCAAUGUAUUUCUACAAGGCUGCUGCCUUCAGAACUAUUGAUUCGUGACACUUUAAUAGAAUAUCAAAUCUACAGAGACAAGGUGGAUCCGGGCGGCGUCGGUGACGCGCUCUAGCGAGCACUUCCUGUUGUCACCGCUGGGUCAGCUGACACAAUAAAGUUUAGCUCUCCCAUUCGAACCGAUUGACGCCUCGUUUGUCUACGCGCGUUCUACAGCCGGUACACCACGAUGUAUAGUGGAUCAGACAGCGACACGGAUGACAACGAGCACCCGUUGCUCCGCGGCAAGCCUUUGCUGAAAGUCUCUAAAGCUCCAGCAUGUUGUUCUGCUCGCUAUUCCCUGGCUUUUCUCUCCUUCUGUGGGUUCUUCAUGGCCUAUGCUUUACGGGUCAAUCUCAGUGUUGCCAUGGUGGAGAUGGUUAAGACCAUUAUUAACAACAGUUCAGCGUCACAUAUGUGCCCAGGACAUGCAAGUUCCUCUGUCAUUCAACACAAUACAACUGCACCAGUGUAUGACUGGGAUGCAGAUACUCAAGGAUGGAUCCUUGGUUCAUUUUUCUAUGGCUAUUUAUUCACUCAGAUUCCUGGUGGAUAUUUGGCCAGGAAGUUUGGAGGCAAAUGGUUUUUGGGUAUUGGUAUCCUGGGUACAGCAGUGUUCACGCUACUCACUCCGCUGGCUGCACAUCUUGGAGCAGGAUAUCUCAUAGCGGUCAGAGUUCUUGAAGGAAUAGGAGAGGGUGUAACAUUUCCUGCUAUGCAUACAAUGUGGUCCUCAUGGGCUCCUCCGUUAGAGCGCAGCAAGCUCCUCUCAAUCUCCUAUGCAGGUGCACAAUUGGGUACUGUAGUUGCUCUUCCAGUAUCUGGCUUGAUUUGUUUUUAUCUGGACUGGACAUUUGUAUUCUACAUAUUUGGUGCACUUGGAAUUUUAUGGUUUUUAUUCUGGGCAAUUUUAGUAAGUGAUACACCUGAAAAUCACAGAAGAAUCUCUCUGUUGGAAAAAGAAUAUAUUGCAUCAUCAUUAAAAAAUGAGAUCCCUCAUUUAACCAAAACAAUACCUUGGGGUUCAAUUUUAAAAUCGGUCCCGCUGUGGGCAAUAGUGAUGGCUCAUUUUUCAUACAACUGGUCAUUUUACACGCUGCUCACAUUAUUGCCAACUUAUAUGAAGAACAUUCUUGGAUUCAACAUUCAACAGAAUGGAUUCCUUUCAGCACUUCCAUAUUUAGGCUGCUGGCUGUUAAUGCUCCUAGGGGGUCAACUGGCAGAUUAUUUGAGAGAAACCUGGAUGGUUCGAACCGUAAUUGUGCGCAAGUCUUUUUCCAUUAUUGGAAUGGUGGGACCUGCGUUUUUAGUGGCUGCAGGGUACACUGGUUGCAAUUACACCAUGGCAGUGGCAUUUCUGACAAUCUCUUCAUCUUUGGGAGGAUUUUCCAUGUCUGGUUUUAAUAUCAACCAUCUAGACAUUGCACCAGCAUAUGCUGGGAUUUUACUUGGAAUUACAAAUACAUUUGCCACUAUUCCUGGAAUGGUUGGACCUGUAAUAGCUAAAGCACUCACUCCUUCUAAUACCGUAGAAGAGUGGCAAAUUGUGUUUUAUAUAUCUGCUGCAAUCAAUGUGUUUGGUGCUGUGGUGUUUUCCAUUUUUGGUAAAGGAGUGGUACAGACGUGGGCUGUUGCAGAUUUUCAUUCUCAUGGGAACUGAUACAGUGCAUAUUUGUAUAACAAUAAAGUACAUGGGGGUUUGAUGUAUUGUACUACCACUUCAAAUGUACAGUGGAUUUCUAUGUCAAAGUAUUUUGCCUGGUAAAUGUGCCCAAAUAAUUUGGUUUUUUGUAAACUACAAGUAAUAUGACAUUCUUUAGAAGAUCUGGAUAGUUAGUCUUCAAUUCUACUGUACAUUAAACCUGUUAUCAUGUGGUAAAAUUAUAAGUGAAGUGUUGAUGGUAAUGAAAUAUGAUGGUAGGGAAGAAGUGUUAAACACAAAUUACCUCAUUUGUUCUAAGAUUCAAAGAUAAAGGGAUUUUGCAGUUUUAAAAACACUAACAUGUUUACUUUGCACAAUUGUCAGAAUUUGGUAAAAUACUCCAUUACUGUGUAGAUAGAUAGAUUGCUUUCUCUUUUUAAAGAGUAUAUUGAGCCUUAUAGGCUUAUUAAAUACUUCUUUUCAGAGUAUACAUCUUAAAACCUAUUAUCAUAACCUUCAUUAACUCUACAAAUAUGUGCUAGAUGUCAUCAUUGUAAUAUCAUAUCAAUGAUAGUGUGAUUUGGCAUCACUAAGCAACUUUAAAAGCACAAUUUAGAAGGCUGCAUGCCACAAGUGUAACAGAAAAUAUGGGAUCUCUGUUUGUCAAGAGCACAUUUAUAUGGAGCUUAUGUUAAAAAGAGCAUUGUUUCUUUCCGGCAAUAUCUUUUUCUAAGACUCCGUUUAUUUUAUAAUAUGUUUAAUUACUUAAGUGCCUGAUAAUUAUUGCAACUUUCUUGUUACAUUUUGUCUAACUCCAACAGCUGAACAUUCAGUUUACGUAUUUGGUCAAGAUUAUACCGUAUUUUGGGUAAAUGUUUUAGAUUUUUGUGCCUUUUUUGGCACACCCAAAUAAAACAACAUAAUAUGAUGGAGGGAUUUACUUGUCAGUAGAUAAUGUAUUUAUUAAUGUGUUAUUGUUAAACAAUACCAAUUAUGAAAAUCCAUGGUGCUUUCACAACUUGAUAAUGUCAUUUAAACUAAUCCAUGACUCUAAAUUGAAGUAAGAAUACUAGGAAAAUAGAUGAAUGUGACAGAAAAGAUCUGCUGCAGAUAAUAAUCUGUUUUUAAACAAUUUUAGCACACGUGUUUAGAAUUAGUAAAUAGAAGAUUUAAGAGUAAUCAGCUGUAAAUAAGUAAACUAGGGGUCAAGAAAGAAAUUUAUGUCUUGUAAAGUAAAAAAAAGAAAAAGAGUAAGAAAAAACAAAAUGUUGUUUAGCAAAAUAUCUGAGUCAUGCUGACAUUAUCAUUGGAACUGUAAGUAACAGUGUUGGUUGUGUAUUCAGUUCAGUUGUGUAGUUCCAUCCUAAAAAUCAUGUGCUGAGGUUUUUGUACAUUCAAGACACAACUAAGUUUUUAGUCAUGGUGUAUUUAUUAGCUACAAAAGGAUUAUGAUAUAUAUAUAUAUAUAUAUAUAUAUAUAUAUAUAUAUAUAUAUAUAUAUAUAUAUAUAUAUAUAUAUAUAUAUAUAUAUAUAUAUAGUAAAAGAUAGCCCGGCCACAGACAGAUACGACAGCAGAAUGUCAAAACACACACACGCUUUAUUCACACUAUUUACACAAUAUUUACAUGAGUGCUCAGUCCUUGGUCCUACGGCUGCCUCGACUCCUCUCUCGCAAGCUCCGUCCUCUUCCACCAGACUCCGGCUCCUGGAUUAGUGGCUGCCGGCUCCCUUUAUAAACCACCCGGAAUUUCUUUAAGUGCUUGAUUGCUAGUUUUCAACUGCACUUCCGGGUGUGGUGGAAGAACCGCCCACACAGGCUCAGGAGCCACUACAGCACUUGUGGCACCCCCAGACCCCAGCAGGGUCAAAGAGAACUCCAUCUUCCAUGGGGCCCUGUGGGUAUCGGAAGCUCCACUGCCAUCCAUGAGGCCUGCCAUCUAGCGUCCCGGAGCAGGUAUUGUACAGCCCAUGCCUGCUUCCUCGGACCAUAUGCAGGAGAGGUGUCCAGGCUGGGCAAGGGCCCUGGCCAUCCGCCACUAAUAUAUAUAAUAUACUAUACUAUAAUAUAAUAUAAUAUAAUAUAAUAUAAAGGAAAAUUGUUUUGGACAUGCAUGUAAAAUAGCUAUGAAUAUUUCAGGGUAGCCAGGUUAUUGAAUGGGAUUCUGAUAUAUGAAGUGCUCUUUUUCACAUGAAUCACUGGCACACUGCACUGGGUUAUUUCAAAAUAAUUGUUGGUUUUCCAGAAAAGAGAAAAACAACAUGGGUUGUGAAACAGAAAUAUCUACAUUUUAAACAUUAUUGUCAAUGCACUCUGUACACAUGAUAGUAAGGACCCUAUAAACUAUAUUUAUUAUUUUAACCCUUAGGCUUCAUGU